AUGGUGAAACCUUACUACUCUGGCACCCUGUUGGGCACAGAGAAAGGAUACAUGGUGAAACCUUACUACUCUGACACCCUGUGGGGCACAGAGAAAGGAUACAUGGUGAAACCUUACUACUCUGACACCCUGUGGGGCACAGAGAAAGGAUACAUGGUGAAACCUUACUACUCUGACACCCUGUGGGGCACAGAGAAAGGAUACAUGGUGAAACCUUACUACUCUGACACCCUGUUGGGCACAGAGAAAGGAUACAUGGUGAAACCUUACUACUCUGACACCCUGUUGGGCACAGAGAAAGGAUACAUGGUGAAACCUUACUACUCUGACACCCUGUGGGGCACAGAGAAAGGAUACAUGGUGAAACCUUACUACUCUGACACCCUGUGGGGCACAGAGAAAGGAUACAUGGUGAAACCUUACUACUCUGACACCCUGUGGGGCACAGAGAAAGGAUACAUGGUGAAACCUCACUACUCUGACACCCUGUGGGGCACAGAGAAAGGAUACACAGUAACACCUUACUACUCAGACAACCUGUGGGGCACAGAGAAAGGAUACAUGGUGAAACCUUACUACUCUGACACCCUGUGGGGCACAGAGAAAGGAUACACAGUAACACCUUACUACUCUGACACCCUGUGGGGCACAGAGAAAGGAUACAUGGUGAAACCUUACUACUCUGACACCCUGUGGGGCACAGAGAAAGGAUACACAGUAACACCUUACUACUCUGACAACCUGUGGGGCACAGAGAAAGGAUACACGGUAAAACCUUACUACUCUGACACCCUGUGGGGCACAGAGAAAGGAUACAUGGUGAAACCUUACUACUCUGACACCCUGUGGGGCACAGAGAAAGGAUACAUGGUGAAACCUUACUACUCUGACACCCUGUGGGGCACAGAGAAAGGAUACACAGUAACACCUUACUACUCUGACACCCUGUGGGGCACAGAGAAAGGAUACACAGUAACACCUUACUACUCAGACACCCUGUGGGGCACAGAGAAAGGAUACACAGUAAAACCUUACUACUCUGACACCCUGUGGGGCACAGAGAAAAGAUACACAGUAAAACCUUACUACUCUGACACCCUGUGGGGCACAGAGAAAAGAUACACAGUAAAACCUUACUACUCUGACACCCAGUGGGGCACAGAGAAAGGAUACACGGUAAAACCUUACUACUCUGACACCCAGUGGGGCACAGAGAAAGGAUACAUGGUGAAACCUUACUACUCUGACACCCUGUGGGGCACAGAGAAAGGAUACAUGGUGAAAUCUUACUACUCUGACACCCUGUGGGGCACAGAGAAAGGAUACACGGUAAAACCUUACUACUCUGACACCCUGUGGGACACAGAGAAAGGAUACAUGGGGAAACCUUACUACUCCGACACCCUGUGGGGCACAGAGAAAGCAUACACAGUAAAACCUUACUACUCUGACAUCCUGUGGGGCACAGAGAAAGGAUACACAGUAACACCUUACUACUCUGACACCCUGUGGGGCACAGAGAAAGGAUACAUGGUGAAACCUUACUACUCUGACACCCUGUGGGGCACAGAGAAAGGAUACAUGGUGAAACCUUACUACUCUGACAUCCUGUGGGGCACAGAGAAAGGAUACACAGUAAAACCUUACUACUCUGACACCCUGUGGGGCACAGAGAAAGGAUACAUGGUGAAACCUUACUGCUCUGACACCCUGUGGGGCACAGAGAAAGGAUACAUGAAACAGGAAAAUGAGUCCAGUUCCAAUCAGACCAGUUCCACUCAGUCCAGUUCCACCCAGACCAGUUCCACUCAGACCAGUUCCACUCAGUCCAGUUCCACCCAGACCAGUUCCACUCUGACCAGUUCCACUCAGACCAGUUCCAAUCACACUCAGACCAGUUCCACUCAGACCAGUUCCACUCAGACCAGUUCCACUCACACUCAGACCAGUUCCACUCAGUCCAGUUCCACCCAGACCAGUUCCACUCAGUCCAGUUCCACCCAGACCAGUUCCAAUCACACUCAGACCAGUUCCACUCAGACCAGUUCCACUCAGACCAGUUCCACUCAGACCAGUUCCACCCAGACCAGUUCCACUCAGUCCAGUUCCACCCAGACCAGUUCCAAUCACACUCAGACCAGUUCCACUCAGACCAGUUCCACUCAGACCAGUUCCACCCAGACCAGUUCCACCCAGACCAGUUCCACUCUGACCAGUUCCACUCACACUCAGACCAGUUCCACUCAGACCAGUUCCACUCAGUCCAGUUCCACCCAGACCAGUUCCACUCAGUCCAGUUCCACCCAGACCAGUUCCAAUCACACUCAGACCAGUUCCACUCAGACCAGUUCCACUCAGACCAGUUCCACCCAGACCAGUUCCACCCAGACCAGUUCCACUCAGACCAGUUCUACCCAGACCAGUUCCACUCAGACCAGUUCCACUCACACUCAGACCAGUUUCACCCAGACCAGUUCUACUCAAACUCAGACCAGUUCCACUCAGACCAGUUUCACCCAGACCAGUUCCACCCAGACCAGUUCCACCCAGUCCAUAACACACAUAUGUAAAUAA